AUGAGUAACAUUUACAUACAAGAACCACCUGCAUUGGGCAAGGUGUUAUUAAAAACUACAGCGGGAGAGAUUGACAUAGAACUAUGGACGAAGGAGGCUCCGAAGGCUUGUCGCAACUUCAUACAGCUGUGUAUGGAAGGAUAUUAUAAUGGUACAAUAUUCCACAGAGUUAUACCAGGGUUUAUCGUGCAGGGUGGGGACCCCAACGGUGAUGGUACGGGUGGAGAGUCCAUCUAUGGUGCCCCUUUUAAGGAUGAGUUCCAUUCCCGUCUCCGCUUCAACCGGCGAGGUUUAGUAGGCAGUGCGAACGCGGGCAAGGAUGACAACGGCUCACAGUUCUUCUUCACGCUAGCUGCAACACCAGAGCUGCAGAACAAACAUACAAUCUUUGGGAAAGUCACUGGAGAAACAAUAUACAACGUCUUGAAACUGUCGGAGGGUCUAAUAGGCCCCGAUGACCGACCAGACCAUCCCCACAAGAUUACAAGCACAACGGUACUUAUCAACCCUUUCACUGACAUCGUGCCGAGGGUACAAGAGACCAGAGAAGAAGAUAAACCUAAGAAGAAGAAGAAGGAACGGGUUGGGGUUAAGAACUUUGGUCUUCUCUCAUUCGGUGAGGAGGCUGAAGAAGACGAGGGUGAGGCUGCGGAGUACAGAGGGAAGCCCAAGUCUACGCACGACCUGCUGGAAGACCCCAAGUUGAGCAGUAAAACUGCUGCCGAACUAGAAUUAGAAGAACAAAAACCAUUACCCGAGCCCACAGAAGAAGAAAAAGAAGAGAAAGUAAAAGAAACAGCAGCAACAGUAAGCAAUAUAAGAGAUAAAUUGAGUUCUAAGAAGCGUGGGAAGUCUCUAGAAGGAGAUAGUAAGAGACAGAAGACGGAAGAUAAAAGAUCUAAGAAGAAAGAAGAGAAAAGAGUUGAAGAGAAGAAAGAAGUUUCGGAUAGUGAUUCGGAGAUUGAAGAGUAUUAUAUUGGGAAGGAGAAGAAUGAUGCGAGGCAGAAGGAAAAAGAAAGAAUACAAAGCGAAAUAAAGCAGCUGCGAAAAGAGAUGAAGAAUUCAAAAGAAGAGAAGAUAAAAGAACAGAAUUUGAAAGAACAGACUGCAAAUGAAGAUGGUAAAGGCGACAAGAAGUCGGCAGAAGACAAUGAAAUGUACCAGAAGUAUGUAGAAGAACAGGAGAAGUAUAGAAAGAUGAAGGAGAAGUUGCCUAAGAAGGGUGCUGCCAGAAACCCGCGCACGAAGCAGCCUAAACAAGUCCACAAGCGAAAACCAUGGGUCAAGAACUUGUACGAAAACCGUGAAUAUCCAGACAACUAUACCGAUAAAAAUUUCCUCCAAGAACUACGCAAAAAUUUGAACAUUGAAAAAGUAACUUUACCGCAAGCUAUUCAAGGCUCAUUUCGAGUCGCACUACGCUUAUGUAUAUGUGUAUUAUACGCUAUUAUAUACGUCUAUAUGUAUAACAACUGGGUUCACACAUACACAGUAAUAUACACGUCCAUUACAGCUACUUUAUUCAGCUAUUUUCUGUAUAUAUGUUUCGCUGGGUCCGCCAUUUUGAGGCAUUUAAAGACUGUUCUAGUGUACCUAAGUAUUGGUUAUUUACUGUCUCCGAUUUUGCAUACUUUAACGGAUACAGUAAGUACAGACACAAUAUAUGCUUGGGCUGUGAUCAUGAUGAUCAUUCAUUUGAUAUUUUUUGACUAUAAUGUACCUGCAGCCUUAGUUUCGAAGUCUUUAUCAAUUAACGCCGCCAUAUUUGCCUCCGUAUGCCUCGUUUCCCGACUUUCGACGCCUUUUGACGCGUUCGUGCUGCUAACAAUCUCCGUCAUACUAUUUGUGUUAAGCCCUCAACUGUUUAAAACAAUUUUGCAUACAAAAUUGUUCAAUAUCAUAUAUAUAGUUACUCUUAUAUUUACAAUUGUGGGUUUAUAUAGCGUCUCAAUCACAUUGUUGUGUUAUUUCGCGAUUGUAGUCUUUAUUCUUACUUGUUAUUGUCCAUUUUUGUUUGUAUAUUGGCAGAAAUAUAAGGAUAAUAAAUAUGGGCCGUGGGAUGAGGCUGUGAUCAAUGAUUCUGAUGACUUGGAGGAGUGUUUGUAUGUUAAAUCGUAG